AUGGGUCGGAGAGAAAAAGUGAAAAAAGAUGGAGAAGCGGACGAUUUUGAAUCCGACUCUGAUGAAGGAGGUGCACCGAAGGUGAUCAAGAACGCUGUUGAUCUCCAACGACUCAACGAGCUGUUUGAGUACCGUUUUGGCCAGUCAAAGGCGUUAUGUCAUGACAAACCGGUUCACAUCCCAGACCAGAGGAAAGAGAAGAAAUUUUCAGAACCUCCAGAGUUUAUACGGAAUGUGAUGGGUUCCAGUGCGGGUGCGGGCAGUGGAGAGUUUCACAUUUACCGACACAUUCGGAGGCGGGAAUACGCUCGACAGCAACAUUUGGAUUCCUUGAGUGAAAAGGAUCGUCUGGACGAAGAAUAUCAGAGACAACUGGAGGAGAACCAGAAAGCAUGCGAAGAAAGAACCGCAAAGAAGCGAGAAAAACGUCUCAAGAAGAAGCAGAAACAAACCGGGAAGAAAAAGAAGAAGGCUUCCACUGCUUCUGAUGCAUCACUUGAUGAUGAUGAAGAUGAAGAGGAAGACAGUGACGAUGCAGAUGACAAGGGAGAAACGGAGAAAGAAAAAAAGAAGAAUCACCGAGACUCAGAAUCGAAACAAACGAAGAAAAGCGUAGUCCAAGAGCCUGUGAAAUCCCAGCCCGUUUCCUUCAGUAAUCAGGACGAAGAAGAGACUGGGGUUACUGCCUUCUGCGUCAAGGGAACGCCUUCACCUUCCUUUGCUUCAACAACAACGUACCGAAACCUCGCUGCCCUAGACUACGUAAACGCGCUGCUGAGGCAUGACGACAUGAACGUGAUAGUGGUUGACUGGGGACCACUGGCGAAGGGCACUUUACUCGCAUAUCCGUUGGUCAUGAGGCGAUCGAAGUUUGUGGCGCGGAAGAUUGCGGAGAUGCUGUUAUCUUUAGCCAGGCAGGAUUUCAUCAAACCUUGGCACGUGCAUCUGAUCGGACUCAGUCUGGGUUCCAACAUUGCUUCCAUGGCUGCAAGAAUUCUGGCAUCCGAAACUGGGCACAAGGUUCAGCGAAUUUCAGGUCUUGACCCAACGUUCUUGUACAACUUUGAUUGUGAGACGUGCAUCGGAGGCGUAUCCAAAGCUGAUGCGGAGUUCGUCGACAUACUGCACACGAACACCUGGUUCAUCGGUGUAGCUAGGCCCGUGGGACACGUGGACUUCUACCCGAAUGGUGGAUUGUUGCAGCCGGGGUGCAGCAUACUUGAUGGCACCUGGAGCCUGUACCAUUCAGUCGGCGUCAUGUACUCUGUACCCACCGAACAUAGACUUCACAGCGGCUACGCGCAUCCACUGACGCGAUCGUGGCAGGAAGGCAACGUGGAUAUAGACCCGAAGAAGCUCAUGCUUCCGGUUUUUGUCACGGAUGUGGAGGAUGCUAUUGAAGAUAUCGACAGCCUCCCCGACGUGAAGCGUUACGGAGUCGCAACGCUGCCCGGUGUUCUCAAGGACUUGAUGAGCAAAGGCUUGAAGUCAGUUCUGCUUUUUGGCGUGCUGAACCGGAUUCCAAAGGAUGAAUCGGGCUCUGGCGCAGACGGAGAAGGAAGUCCAGUAGUUGCAGCUAUUCGCGUACUGCGUGACAAGCUACCCGACCUCCUGGUGGCCUGCGACGUGUGUCUCUGCGCCUACACGUCUACGGGCCACUGUGGCCUACUGAACUCUGAUGGACAACACGACAAUGCAGCUUCCGUGAAGCGGAUGGCUGCCCAGGCCCUGGUCUAUGCCCGAGCCGGGGCCCACAUCGUGGCCCCGUCCAGCAUGAGCGAUGGGAUCGUUGGUGCCAUUAAGAAGGAACUGGUGUCGGCCAAGCUGGAUGGCCGGGUUGCCGUCUUGUCGUAUGCCGUCAAGUUUGCGUCGUCCUGCUUUUAUGGUCCGUUUCGGUCUGCUGCUCAGUCGGCCCCGAAGGGAGUGACGAUCAGUAGGGAAGGGUACCAGUUGCCUGUGGGGUCCCGAGGCUUGGCCCAUCGGGCUGCUGCGCGAGAUGUUGAAGAAGGAGCAGACAUGCUUAUGGUGAAGCCGGGAAUGGCGUAUCUGGACAUUGUUCGGGAAACCAAGGACCGUUUCCCCAACCAUCCCUUGUUCAUUUACCAAGUUUCCGGGGAGUAUUCUAUGCUUUUUCACGGUGCAGAAAAUGGAGCGUUUGAUUUGGAGGACGCAGUCAUGGAAACUUUCAAGUGCAUGAGAAGAGCAGGAGCUGACGUCAUAAUAUCAUACUUCACGCCCCUAGUUUUGGAACUGUUGAACAAUCAUCGGAUGAUUGAAAAAUUAGGUACCAACCAUUCUUCAUCGAAGUUAUUGUGAAUGUGGAAUGUCUGGUCAAGGAGUUUGAGUGGAAGUGGUUUGGGAUGUAAUGAUUAGCGUAAAUUCUAAAUAUGUUUUAGCUUGGCAACCCAAGAAUAUUUCGAAUUAUUUUUCCAAAGCGUGAUCUGUGUGAAGUGGGGCUUGAGAAAUACGUUUGGUACAAUUUCGACGUUGGGGCCAUUUUUGAGGGGAGCUAUUUUAUUACAUAUCCAGAGGGUGUUUUCAGGUGUUCGUGUGAUUUUCUUCUCUGAAUUGCAAUCCUAGGGAUUUCUGUUGAAUAAAUGGAAAAAGCCAUCUUCCGUCU